UGUCGUCAAAAUAUGUUUUGUUCACACUUCACAGUGACCUGAAAACACACCUCCGACGUGAAAGGAGAGAGAGAGAGGCAAUGGCGGCAAAUUCAGCUUCCGCCGCAGAGAGCGACGCAAUGGAAGCUCAAGCUCCGCUGCUAGUCGACGCCGUCAAGGGAUGCGUCGACUUCAAAGGCCGCCACGUUCUCCACUCCAAAUCCGGCUGCUGGAAAUCCGCUUCCUUCAUCAUCGGCGUGGAAAUGGCGGAGAGGUUUGCUUACUACGGAAUCAGCUCGAACAUGGUUACGUAUCUCACCGGUCCGCUCCGCCAAUCCACGGCCGCCGCCGCGGCGAACGUCAACGCCUGGGCAGGAACCACGGCGCUCAUGCCGCUGCUUGGCGCUCUCGUCGCCGAUUCAUUUCUCGGAAGGUUUUGGACGAUUAUCGCCGCCUCUCUCCUCUACAUCCUGGGAUUAGGUUCGCUCUCUGUAUCAGCAGCCCUCAAUCCGUCCGAUUCGUCGUCAAUUGAUGUGAUCUUCUUCUUCUUCGCCUUGUAUUUAAUCGCGUUUGCAGUAGGCGGCCACAAGCCUUGCUUGCAGGCGUUCGGAGCUGACCAAUUUGACGAUGAGAACGAGAAGGAGCUCCGAUCGAAGAGCUCAUUCUUCAAUUGGUGGAUUUUUUGCUUGUGUAUUAGCACUUUGGUAGGCUUAUUGGCCUUGACCUACAUUGAGGAGAAUCUGAGUUGGGCGCUAGGGUUUGGAAUCCCCUGCAUUGUCAUGUGUUUUGCCCUGUUUGUGUUUGUGCUUGGGAUUGGCACAUACAGAUUCCGUGUGCAGAGUGAUCGGAGGAGGAAUCCGUUUGUGCGAAUCGCUCGUGUUUUCGUGAGACGUGCUGCCUCCCCGGAACGUGUUGCUAUUGAGGAGGAGGGAACUCACUUUAGAUUUCUUGAUCAAGCUUCACUAGAGAGUCAUGGUGAGGAAGUUUGCAGAGUGAAUGAUGUUGAAGAUGCAAAGGCAAUCCUGAAGCUUCUCCCAAUAUGCUUGGCAUGUGUUCCUUUCGCCGCGGUAUAUCAACAAACCACAACUCUGUUCACCAAGCAAGGAGUCACGAUGGACCGACACAUAACCAGCAGUUUCCAGGUCCCAGCUGCCGCCCUUCAGGCCUUCACAGCCGGCUCCAUCAUCCUCUUCGUCCCACUCUACGAAUGCGCACUGCUCCCCCUAGCCAGAGCCAUUAGCCACAAACCAACCGGCAUAUCGCUCCUCCAAAGGAUAGGAGCCGGCCUAGUCUCUGGCAUAGUUUGUAUGGUCGUUGCAGGCGUUAUUGAGAGGAAACGCUUGGAGACUGCUCUUGAACACGGGCUGGCAGACUUGCCUGGGGAGACUGUGCCAAUGAGCGCGUGGUGGCUGAUUCCUCAGUACUUGGUUAUGGGUGUUGCGGAUGUGCUGACCUUCGUUGGCCUUCAAGAAUUCUUGUACGAUCAAGUCCCCCGUGAGCUGAAAAGUAUGGGACUUGCUCUGUCGUUUGCUGUGGUCGGGAUUGGUGGUUUCUUGAGCAGUUUCUUGGUGUUCGUCGUGGAUAAGGCCACGGGUGGAGACGGCCGUGAUAGUUGGUUGUCGGAUAACUUAAACCGGGGCCAUCUUGACUACUUCUAUUGGGUGUUGGCAGGGCUUAAUGCACUGUCUCUAGUAUGCUAUAUCUACUUUGCUAAGUCUUAUGUUUAGGGUGAGUUUGGUAUAACGGAAUUCGAAUUUUUUAAUAAUUGCACAUUUAUGUAUUGACUAUUGAAGUUUAAUUUAUAUUAUUCUAAUUCGAUUCCAAA